UUGGUCAUGUACUGUGCUCGUCUUUGGCGGUCGUUGAAGAAGGAUGGUGUGUAGAGUGUGGAGGUUUGCAGGUCUAAGUUAGCGCCACAUGGAACGGGCCUUCUGCACGUUGAUCCUUGUCGACCUCACAACUCCCAUGCAAACUGCUCGCUCACCUUGGCCGUUCCAACGCCACGGAUGGGGUCAUCGCAGCGUCACGGGCAACGUUAUCGCCGUGCCUGGGCGUGUGGUUUGACACGAUCUGCGAUGCCAUACCACCCCAUUCCAUCCGAGCCUCGCGGGCGUCGCACCGGCGAGUGCAUGCGCUGUGCCUGCCGCCGAGCUCCGUCGCAGCAGGAGCAGGAGCAGGAUGAAGAGGAGGAGGAGGAGAAGGAGGAGUGUCGUGCAUGGCAGGACUGCAGUGCGCUCAACGCAUGGACGGACAAGGAUGGUUGAGGCAACGGCCCAGCUGUGCCAUGGUUUGUGGCAUGCUCGGUUCAUGUAGCGACCGCGCAGGGCUCCAAAGCAAGUCUGUGGUUCAGCACGGCAGUGGUACGGUGACAGACAUGCAUUCCACCUCCAUCAUCGCCAUCGAUAGCUCUUUGCUCAUCUUCACAUCACCCUCCACGCAGGCAGGUCCUCAAUAGUACUUACUCCGCCCAAGCACUCGCCCGCCGACGCCUUCCCUGUCGAGGCCGCGCGAGAACUCGCGUGACAAACAGACCACAGGUACGCCAUUGAUUGUUCUCAAGUCACGGUCACGGUCAAGCAAUUCCUCAGCCCACCCCCGCGAGCACACGACACUUGCCUGCUACACCUGCGCCGCGAGUUGUGCCAGAGCAGUCCUGCGAUUCCAAUCGAGGAAGCUCUUUCCAUCAUCCUCAGCUUUCACCACAACACAUUCUCCCUCGGACAGCUUCAUCACCAGCAGCGACCUACAACUAACAUGACCUCGAAGCAAUCGGAUAACCCCACCACUUCCCCACAAUCUUCUAUCGAUGCCAUUGUCCAGGCACCCGUAGCCAAAGUUGUCGAAGCACUCCGCCCUCUCGUCAGUCUUCGCCCGUCUUGGAUUGGUCCCAAAGCUCCUGCUCGACCUGUCACCCCAGGCGCCGUCGCCAUGACCAUUCCCAUCACCAUCGAAUACACAUCGCCAGGUCUUCAGCCGCCUGUCUAUAUCGCAACGUCCCUCAGUGACCCACAAUGGGAGCCAAUCGAGAUGGAAGGCACCAAGAACGACGGCGGCGAGUACAAGUUUUCCAAAACGUUCAAUGUGCAGGAGGGCGAAUAUCAGUACAAGCUGCGUCUCGGUCCAGGAGACUGGUGGGUUUGUGACGAACAUGAGCCACAGGUCGACGAUGGCAGGGGUAACAAGAACAACCUGGUCACUGUGAAGCCUGGCCAGCCUCAACACGAUCGAACGGACUCGGUACAUGACCACGGCGUGCCAUUGAUGCCGCACGAGAGUGGCAACCAGCCUCCACCUGUUUCGCCAUUGCUACAAUCGGAACGCAAUGCCCCUCCUGCCACUCCAGGUGUGGAGCAUCAAGCGCCCUUCUUUGCACACGAAACGCUGGCACCAGCCAAGUCGGCCGAAAAACAUGACGAGGAACCCGAGCAUGAGCAACACAGCCCACUCCUUCCUCACGAGUCUGCCAGUCCUCUGCACGAGGCGGUAUCACCUUUGUUCCAUCACGAGAGCACAGCCAUCGAUGACCAAAAGCACGAAGAUCACCCGGACAAGUCGCCUUUGCUGGGCCGUAGAAAGCACAGCGGAGACUCGAUACCACAGGAAGCGGAUCCCAACGAACCCGGACUUGAGCAUUUCCCAACGGAUCAUAGGGGCAUCCUUGAUUCUAUUGCUCGCACCAAGAAGUCGUUGGCCGAAGAUCAAACGCACGAUCACUCGCCCUCUCCUUCCCCUCCUGCAAAGGCUGUGAAAGCGUCUCCCAGCCCGCCUAGCUUGGCAGAGGACGCCAAGGAAGAGGAGCUGGCAGAUGCGAAGAAGAAGCCUCAGGUCGCAAUCGCAGAAGGAGAUAACCGACCCGCAGCUCCUAUCACACCACCGAUGACACCCACGAAAGAAAAGCAGGCCGAUCCGAUCAUCGAGCGCAUCCAAGAGAAGGCUCAGACAAUCAAGGAGACAGUGCAGGCAGCGGCAGGACAGGCUGCCGAGAAAGUUGACAAGACGAACUACUCCGCAAUCCUCACUGGAUCGAUGUUCGCGUUCGCAGUCGCUCUCACCGCAGUCGGGCUUUGGUUUUUCUCGGAAGGCGGCAAGCCUCUCGACAUCAUCGACUCAUAAACAUUGGCAAGAGGGGCGAUCAUACAAUAACACGGCAGCACAACCACUCCUAUUCCAUCGAGCAUUGACCCGUAGUGCUUGAUUGAUUGGGCUGGUAAAAUGAAUGAUUAACGAUGAUGGCGUGACGAGACAUGAAAAUGUGGAAUGACCAAUUGGGCAUGGGCAGGUCCUAGUAUUGAGCACGGAGUACGCAUUGUAUUGGAGUAGGCUGUAGCGUACAAUUCUACACUUCUUCUGCG